AUGCAGCCUCGAGCAGAGGUAGUCUUCUCCAGCGACGUUGGUAACAUGGACGAAUGGGCCAGGCGAACCAAAAUCCCCCUUACCACCGCAGAGGCCUUGGGGGCGACCUACGCUCGCGCCCAGCGCUGGUUCCAGACACUCAAAUUGCAAUUGAUCCGCGAACACAACUGGGCGGACGCACCAACCCCUGACCAAAGAAUGCUUGUUUCUCUCGAAACAUCAUCCAUUUGGCGUUCUUCAGUCGGCCUUCCGGCUGGUCCCAAACUCAAGCUCCAACUCCCAGUGCACGCGAGCUCCUUCUUUUCUCCUGAGCGUCGCGUUCAAUGGGAGAUGGUCUUCCACAGUGAUAUUUUCGAGUCCGUCCGCAAGAUAUGCCCUCCCAUCAACGAUAUUCUCAACCUUAUCCAAUGCCUACUCACCGGCGUUGUGACCCUUGUUUUCGAGGAGAACCUGCCCCAGGGCGUAUACAAGACAACCCGCGGUCUUCCGCCGGUAUCAUGGAUAAAUGCCAAUGAAGAAGCACUCACCGAAGUGUUUGGUGCUGUCCAUUUCAGAGCUCUGCGAAAGGCUUGCAGCGAUACUGCCGCCGCUUUCAAGCUUGAAAUCCUACCACAUUGA